AUGAAUGAGAAAUCGUUAGAUCAGCAUCGAUAUUAUCCCAAAGAGGCAGAACUCGCUCUUUUAUCGAAUGCACUUCAAACGUACUUUAGUUUUCCAGAAAGAAGCAACGAAAGAAGUCAAUUUGCUGCUGAAGUUUCUAAACAGCUAUUGCAGUUCUCAAAUCACUGGAAUCAAAGAGCCGUAAGACUAUGGUUUACUAAUAAUAAAUCAAACUUCCGUAAAGUUGAUCCAAAUGAACAAUAUUACGUACAAUAUCAACAAAUGCAGCCGCAAAUACCACAACAAAUACUUAAAAAUGUUAUGAAGCAAUUAAAACAAAGUAUACCACGCCAAACAUCCGUCCAUUUCGCUCAAACGUAUACUGUAUCACAAACUUCUCCGAUGCAGCCACCAUUACAGAUGCCAAUGCAGCAACCAAUAAAAAUUCAAAGCCAUCCAUUACAGAAUUUAGAACAAAAUCGAGCUUUACCCACAGAAAGUUUUAUUCCUCAACUUAAUCAGCUCUGUAAGGCAGCAAAACAAGCCAAUGAUAACGAAAUACUAUCAAUUGUCAAUGAAUUCGAUAAGACAUGCCAGUUAAUGCACUCCAAAUUCAUAAAUGGAGCUUUAGAAAACAGAGAAAUCUUCAAAACUAUAAAUUUUCCAUCACCUAAGGAAGUUUUAGUGAACUACUAUGAUUUUUCUCCACGACCUCCAUCAGCAGAUCCUCAUGGCGAUCUCUGGAAGCAAAAAAGAAAUUUUACAGAUACAAUUAAAGCGUUUGAUACAUCAUAUAUAGGUCCAUGUGGAUGUGCAUAUAUACAUUGUAUGCCUGAUGGUCCAGAACGUGCUAUAUCUAUUAAAUCUGGAGAUAAUUGGAAAUGUUUUCAGCUAAAAGUGAAAAACCAGAUUGAUAAAUGCAUUAUUAAUGAGAAAUAUGGCUUCUCUAUAUCAACUUCCUCGUUAGUAAUUACUGAUUUUGAGAAUAACACUUCAUUAGAUGAAAUUAAGUUAAAUUCUACUACAGGAUAUGCAUCAAUAUCGUUAGCACAUAAAGAUAAUGCAAUAUGUGGGUUUAGUAGCUCUCCAACCAUCAAUUAUGUCACUUCUGCAGGAAAAUUAACUCAAAUUACUCCAAAUGUCCCACAAUCAUAUGGUAUAUCAUCACUAGGAUUCUUGGAAUCAUCAUCUUUUAACGGAAUGGUUGUUUCUUUCUCUCAAUCUCCCACUAUUCAAGUUUUAUCUUCAGAUGGAAAGCCAGUUCGUUAUUUAAUCGGUCAUACAGAUAUUACAAACUCAAUAUCAAUCUCUAACGGAUUAAUAUUGACAACAUCCGAAGAUAAAACUUCAAAAAUUUGGGAUAUUAGACAAUCUACGCCGGCAAUGUCUUUAUCUGCCGAUAAGAAAUCAGUUACUGGGUCGUCAAUAAACGGAAAAUACGUUGCAUUAUGUACUUACGAUGCAACUGUCUGUUUAUUUGAUUUGAGAAUUGUAAAACCAAUUAUUGGCAUAAAGACAGAUGAAUAUGCCGGUGAAUCUCCAUUCUAUGAUGACCAAUCUGAUACAUUAAAGUUGUUUGGUGUCGCUUCUAAAGAAGGAAGAAGUGAUAGUUUGCUAUUCUUGAGAGAUGACUUGCAAAGUUCUAAGUAUAUUUAUAGAGAAUAUAAUAAUUUAUUAUCAAAAUCUGUUGUUUAA